AUGGAAGAUCUACGUGAAUCCUCGAUGCGGUUCUUCUCCGAUCAAAACCUUUGCUACGCCGAUAUCGUCUCUCCUUCUGAGGUUCGAGCGAGAAUCGAAGUGACGGUGCUGAAUUUCCUCAGAAUCUUGACCGCUCCUGCUCCUGCAAUUUCCGAUCUGUCUCUGAUCAGUAGAGACUCGAGCAAUAGCCGAGUGAGUGAAGGGCUGUUGACUCAAGUGUCAUGGAUUUUCCUCUCUCACUCGUUUUGCACAAGGUCUUUGAUGAGAGCCAAUACCGCUAAAGCCUUCAUUCGAGUGUGGAAGGUGAUGGAGAUGUGCUUUCGGAUUCUGGUGCAAGAAAAACGCGUCACGCAGAGGGAGCUCUUCUACAAAUUGCUUUGUGAUUCGCCGGAUUAUUUUACCUCUCAAUUGCAGGUUAACAGAACAAUCCAAGAUGUUGUAGCAUUGCUUCGGUGCAGCCGAUUUAGUCUUGGAAUCAUGGCAUCCAGCCGAGGACUUGUUGCCGGGCGCUUGUUGCUGCAGGAGCCAAAUCAAGAGGUUGUGGAUUGUUCUGCAUGUGGAUCAUCUGGGCAUCCUAUUUCUGGUGACCUGAGUUUGCUAGAGAAGUUGGUUUUGAAGACAGAUGCACGGUACAUCAUUGUAGUGGAAAAGCACGCAAUAUUCCAGCGGUUGGCAGAGGAUUGCAUAUUCAAUCAAAUUCCAAGCAUUCUUAUCACGGCCAGAGGGUACCCAGAUAUUGCCACAAGGUUUCUUCUUCACCGAUUGAGCCGGGCUUUUCCACACUUGCCGAUUUUAGCACUGGUUGAUUGGAAUCCAGCCGGAUUAGCUAUACUUUGCACCUUCAAAUAUGGAAGCAUAGGGAUGGGCCUGGAGGCAUACAGAUACGCUUGCAAUGUGAAAUGGAUGGGACUUCGAGGAGAUGAUUUACAGCUGAUAUCUGAACAAUCUAUGGUUCCAUUGAAGCAGCGGGACCUGCAAAUUGCUAAAAGCUUGAUGUCCUCAGAAAUCUUACAGGUAAACUACCCAGCACCACACAACUUAGGCCCUUUUCAUUUUUCCCUAACAACGUCCAAGAAGGUUGAGCCUAUCUUCUGGAAAAUUGUUAAUAUAGUACAAACUGGUAUUUGGCAGGAGACCUAUAGAGAAGAGCUGGCAGUGAUGGUUGAACGUGGCCAGAGAGUAGAAAUCGAAGCUCUGUACUUCCAUGGGUACGAUUAUUUGGGGAAGUACAUAGCAAAGAAAAUUGUUCAAGCCAAUUACAUCUAAUAAUGGUCCCAAAUGGGUAUCUAUACGAAGAAGAUUGCUCAAGGAGAUGGAGACAGGCAAAUUGCUAGUAAGAUAGAAAUAUGUGAGAACAUAGCUAUCAUGUACAUGUAAUCAGCAGUAGGUUGCAAAGUAUCAGUGUAUAAGAUACGCUAGAUACAUUUUACUUAAAAUGUAGAGAAUCCAAUUCAUGUUGGAGAAAACUGACAUAGA